AUGGAGCAAUUGUCAGAUGAAGCAAAGAAACAACUCAGAUCGAGAAUGGUUAGUAAUAAUGACCAAGUAGAAGUAAUAUCUACAACAACAACAACAACAACAACAUCAACAACAAUAUCCAACAAUAACAACAACAACAACAAUAACAAUAACAAUAACAGACAAGUUGAAGAGGAUAGUUCAAGUUCAGAUGAAGAUGAUUCAUAUGGUUAUGACAAUGACAUGUACAACUCUGAUGACGGUGAUAAUAUGUUUGACACUAGUAAUAACUAUACAGCACCGACCUAUUCAACAGAAGGUCCACCAACAACCAUAGUAUUAAAUAAUAAUAAUUAUAAUAAUAAUGCACUUAUUGGUACAAAGAGGUCUCCUCUUUUAAAUGGUCAAUGCGAUAAUGUGUCUUUGACAUCAGCCAUGUCUACUAGUCGGCAACCUGUAGCUUCAAAUUGGACAGAGGGAAAGGUAUCUCCAACAACCACUAAUAAUAAUAAUAAUAAUAAUAAUAAUAAUAAUAAUAAUAAUAAUAAUAAUAAUAAUAAUAAUAAUGAACAAAACACAAAAUCAACAUCUCCAACAAGCACCAAUAGUAGUAGUAGACCAAAAAGUGGACAUGGAAAAUUAUUUACUGGUACAAUAAGUAGAGGAGGUGUUGCUAGUUCAAAGAAUUUUGUUAGCCCUGCAUUUUACUCGAGCAGUGUGAUGGUACCAGUUGACAAGUCUUCUAAAUUUAGCCUUGCUAUCAUGUCUACAGAGACUGUUUAUUCAAACCAAAAAGGUUAUACUGUCUAUGUUAUAAAGGUUAAAAGUGAUCAAAACGUUUGGACAAUCGUUAGACGUUAUAAACAUGUCAGAGCUUUUUCACAAAAAAUUCAAACAGAGGUACCAGGAUUGUCAUCAUUCGAAUUUCCAUCAAAGAAACUAUUAGGAAAUAUGAAUCCUUCUUUUAUUAAACAACGUAAAGAACAAUUACAAGCAUUUUUUAAUGCAAUUUCAGAAUCUCCCAAGGCAAAACAAUCUAGAAAUCUUAAAAACAGAGAACAAGUAUAUGCAACUGCAAAGGGGGUAAUUCUCUUACGUGCUUGUGAAGCAAAUGUUGUUACAAGACAUGAAAAAAGUUGCAUCGAGAUCAAGGUUUUAACAUCUACCCCAACAAAAAAUACUGGCAAUGCAGGCGGACCUCGAAAAGUAGAAAACCUACUAAAACCAGCAGCACUCAACAACCACAACAACAACAACAACAACAACAAUGCAAUCAAUGAGGAAGAUGACUCAAAAUAUUUUAUUCAUUCAGAGUCAGAGUCUAAACAAACUCAAUGGCUAGAUAUUAUAAAAAAAGAAAGUCACAAUAUUACAAAUAGCAAACUUGAUGAGAAUAACCAUUCUUCUCCUACCAAUUUUUAUAAAAUGGACCAACCACCUCCACCACCAAUGUCAAGGUCACCAACAGACAAAUCAUCAACCAAUAAUAAUAAUAAUAAUAAUUUGAAUUUUUCUCAAACAAAAGUACCAAAAAGAAACUUCCAAGUUGGGAUGAUGGAGGAUCACACCUACAAAGUUUGCAUAAACGACAAGGAAUGGCUAGUUGAUGACAUUACAAAAAAUGAAAAGGGUAAAAUCGAUAAGGAUUGUUUAGAGCUACUAGAGGCGACCUUGACAUACAAAGAUUGUAUAGAUACCUCCUUAACUACCGCCACUGAAAAUGUUAGCCAACAACAACAACAACCAUUUCUCCAAGCAACCAUUCCAUCAACUAGUGGUUCAUCUACUCCUAUUUUAUCGAUAAGUAGAUCAAACACCCAAUCCUCCCUUCCACAAUCACUAGCAGCAUCUACCAAAUCCUCGUCAAGCAGUGCUACCACCCGAACAAAUGAAAUUCAAUUAUUCCCUUUUGAAACUGUAACAUAUCAUUCGGAAAGCAUCAUACAUGUCCAUAGCAAUUCUGGUACGAUCGGAUCUAUUACUGUAACCAAUUACCGACUGUAUUUUAUUCCAUAUGUCCAGGCCUCAUCCAAGCAUUCAAAGCGAUGCGAGAGCGAGCCGAUAACCAUUCCAUUGACAAUGAUCAACAACAUUGUCAAGUGCACCGGACAAACUCCAGACAAGCUCAAGUAUUAUGCAUUCGAAGUACGUAGCAAAGAUUUUCACUCUGCCAAAUUUAUGCAUCUCCCAGGAUCCUCCCAACAAAAGGCCAACAGUAGACUUUAUGAAAUUUUUGAAUCCCUUGUAUUUUGUAAUGACUAUUCAAAUUUAUUUUGUUUUGCAUUAAAAGAAUCUGUCAAUUUGGGGUGGGAUAUUUAUAAACCACUUGACGAAUUCAAUAGAAUGUUUGUGCCAAAUGAAAGUUGGAGAGUCACCAAUUUCAACAACGACUAUUAUAUUUCACCAACCUAUCCAAAGGUAUUGGUGGUACCUAAAAAGAUAACUGACCAAGAUUUGGUACAGGUUGCCUCUUUUAGAAGCAAAGGACGUAUUCCAGUUUUGGUUUGGAAACACCCUAAAGAAUAUUCUGUAUUGGUUCGUUGCAGUCAACCCGUCAUUGGUGUGAUGGGUAAAAGAUGCAUAGAAGAUGAAAAAUUGGUAGAAUCAAUACGUUUGGCCAAUCUCUUGUCGGAAAAGGUCUAUAUCAUGGACGCAAGACCACAAAUUAAUGCUGUAGCCAAUCAGGUUAUGGGUAUGGGAUACGAGUCGACCAACAAGAAUUCCUACUCAAAUUGUAUUUUAAAAUUCCUUGGCAUUGAAAAUAUUCACAAAAUGAGAGAAUCUCAAAAAAAAUUGUUCAAAGCCAUUACAAAAGAACGAUAUGAUAUGAGUGACCAACAACAACAACAACAACAACAACACCAACAAUCACACCAACAUCAUACUGAUACCAGUAGCAGUUUCGAAGAAAAGGACAAGCUGACAAAGGCAACAGAUGUGUGGCUGGGUCAUAUUAGAACGAUUUUAUAUGGUGUCGUUGAAAUUGUUGAUAUCAUUCGCUAUUACAAAUCAAGUGUCAUUGUUCACUGUUCUGAUGGCUGGGAUAGAACGAGUCAGCUAUGUGCAUUGGCUGAAUUGAUACUCGAUGGAUACUACCGUACUAUUCAUGGAUUCCAAAUUCUUAUCGAAAAAGAGUGGUUGUCUUUUGGCCACAAAUUCGAAUCACGUAUCGGGCAUGUCAAAGGAGACCGCGCCAUUCGAACAAGUGAACAAUCUCCAAUAUUCCUUCAGUUUAUGGACUGUGUUGCACAGAUGGUCAUGCAAUAUCCAAACAUAUUUGAAUUUAAUCAAAAGUUUUUGCUCGAGAUUAUGCACCACCUCUAUUCGUGUCGUUAUGGUACAUUCCUCUACGAUAACAUGCGUGAAAGAGAGACGGAAAAGUUAAAAGAGAGAUCCAAUAGUCUUUGGGGUCACAUCAACCAGCACUCUACCCUCUGGAGAAAUAAUGACUAUCAACCAACUGAAGACAUCACUCAGUUUGUCAUAGAUACAUCCGAUCUUAAAUUGUGGAAAGAAUAUUACUCUCAGUGGCGAUCUUUUCAUCAUGGGCAAUCAUAA